AUGUGGAGGAAGGGUCGCGUCUGUGUUCUGCAGCGCAUUGCUCUUGUGGUGAGCAUGCUAGCCUUCAUCGUCUCUUUUGUGUUAUGCUUCACGUACAAUGUGUCGUACGAUCCUUUUACAGCAGGACUGUUUGGAUCGAAGAAGACGAGUGUCUGCUUGUCACCAUCGGAUCUCCAAAGAACCCCUCAGAUGGUCAAGAGACACUCGACACUUUCCUUCAAGUGCCGUUCGGCAUUGCUAUCCCCAAUCGCUGCUUCGUCGCCCCUACGAAUAUCUUCGCCAUUACGUAUGGCAAUGAACGCUGGCGACGAGAAGCCUAAUGGUCUCGGCAUUUCAUCAAGUCGUCCUUCUAUCGAGAAGUCUCCCUUGCUCUCUAAGAGCCCCUCGCAUUCGUCUUCACACUCGGUCAGCUCCAGUGGCACUAUGCAAAGCUUGCAUAAGGCUUCGACAGCCUACGUGCCGUCGGUCCACACGUACUUACCAUCAAGGGUACCCACAGCAUAUGUGCCUUCACCCCAUGGCACCCAUCUAUACUCGCCAAAGCAUCUUCCUAAAACAAUUUCGGCUUCUGCACCUGCGAUAGCUACGCAAUCAGCUUCGCUAGGUGAUGCGUACCCACCAAAACAAUCUUUCGAUCUGCCUCCGAUCCAGACAACGAGUUUAUACUCAUCCAGGCGUGUCUCAUCCACAUUCCUAACUCCUACAUCGCACAUGGGACCACCUGCACCGAUGAACUUUUCCUCGCCUAGAAGAGGUGUCCCCGAGACAAUGCCAGUCUCGCCCCCUGUACACAUGCCUCUCACCCGACCAACCAAUCUAUACUCAAUGAGGCGAGCCCCUACACCAUACACUCCAGCUAUACAAGGAAACGGUCCAGCUCCAAGACGGUUCCCAGUGGUACUUACGCCUCCGAGUCAAUCAAACCGACUCCCUUCGGCGUUACUCGCUCCUCCACCCUCCAUUAGACAGCUUAACUCGGCACGUCGUGGUGUUAGCUACGCUUCCAACACAAGCAGUAUAUAUAGUCGACAUGUGGGCGAUGAUAAAUGA